AUGCAGAGCGCUGUGGAUUCAGCUGUGGUUACUAGGGAUGCAGCACUGGCAGCGUGCGGGUAUGAGAUGAUGCAGAGCAAAGGCACGAGCGGUAAGGCGGCAGAGAGGAGGCAGAGCAUCACAGAUGCAGGACUUCUUGGGAAAGAAAUUGAAAGCAGAAACCGCUCGGGUUCCUCUGCGAUUGGAGCAUUUAAAUCUCAUUUUUGGGGGUUGGUGGUGGGGUACCUCGUAGAUGGCUCCCACAUCACCAACACCGUGUGUGGAAACGCCGGCGUGCAUGUAACUGUCCUCUCUCUUCUUCAGGACAGAGUCAUCAAUCUAGUUGUUGGCGGCUUAACAUCCUUGCUGCUUGUAGUCACUCUAAUCAGUGCUUUUGUCUUCCCGCAACUACCUCCAAAACCUGUGAAUAUAUUUUUUGCUUUCUGCAUCUCCUUGUGUUGCAUUUCUGCUGGCAUACUUAUCUACUGGUAUCGACAAGGAGACCUGGAACCUAAAUUUAGGAACCUAAUUUACUAUAUUUUAUUUUCUAUCGUCAUGUUAUGUAUAUGUGCCAACCUGUACUUCCAUGAAGUGGGUAAAUGAUGGAUGUUGGGGAUACCCAGCAAUGAUGCUACUGUGUCAGACUGCUUUCAGCUCAGCCUGAGAUAUUUAAGUGAGGACAAUCAGCCUGAGAGGAAAGAAGUGGGUUGUGCAGGGAUAAAUCAGUACAUGAUUUUCAUGUAAAUGUAUAUGUAAUGUCCCUCUUGUUGGGGAGAAUUAUUGCCAUAAGACAUGACAUUCUGCUUUUUUUUGAAGAGCUACUGUUGCACUUACUUACUUAAUGAACAUUCCAGUUGUACUGAUGUUUCAGAAUGGCACAAGCUUUUUCAUUUUGGAAAAAACUGCAUUUUUUUAUUACUGUACAAAUAAACUGCAGCAUUGCAAAGACUUGUAGCAGUAUAAAUAAAUGGCAUCUUAC